AUGCGAUUCACUGCUCUGUGGAAUGUCUGCCUUGUCGGCAUGACCAUUCCCUUCGCAUUGGCUCACCCAGGCGAACACGAGAAGCACGAUGCCCGGGCUGAAAUCAUGAAGCGCGAGUUCCGGAAGCAUACUCGUCGUGGUCUUGAGAGAUGCGCCAAGCGAUUCGAAGCCAACGGACUGAAUGCUCGUGCCGAGGCUCGUCGUCGUAGCCUGUACGAUCUGCACCGUCGUCGUCUGAGUGGCCGCGAUACCUCCGAUGUCCUCGCCAAGUCUCAUUUGUCGACCAACUCGAGCAUUACUGCCAGCACUUCGGCGGAUUCGUUGUUCAGCAGCAGCUCGACCUGUGUGCUGAACCCCCAGGGUGAAGUCGGUCCUUACUACGUCAAGGGCGAAUUGGUUCGCUCCGAACUCAGCGAGGGCCAGGACGGCGUGCCGGUCAUUUUCGAUGUCCAGUUUGUCGAUGUCAAUACCUGCGAGGGUAUCGAGAAUCUGUAUGCCGAUAUCUGGAACUGCAAUGCCACGGGUGUCUACUCUGGCGUUGUCGCUACGGGCAAUGGCAAUACUGCUGAUACCUCCAACAUCGACGCUACCUUCUUGCGUGGUAUUCAGCCCACUGAUAGUGAUGGAGUGGUGACCUUCGAUACCCUCUUCCCCGGCCACUACUCCGGACGUACUACCCAUCACCACAUCGUCGCCCACUUGGACGUCACUGUCUUGUCCAAUGGAACUAUCACCGGUGGCACCGUCCCGCACAUCGGCCAACUCUUCUGGGACCAGAGCCUCAUCACCCAAGUUGAGGCCACUUCUCCGUACAGUACCAACACCAUCACUCUCACCACCAACGCCGAAGACCGCGUCUUCUCUGAUGAGACCGCCGAUACUACUUCGGACCCGGUUCUGAACUACGUCUGGCUCGGUGAUGAUCUGAGCGAUGGCCUGCUUGGUUGGGCUACCGUUGCUAUUGACACUUCUGCCACCUACGACCCAACCUAUAGCUUCGUCUAUACCGCCAGCGGUGGUGUGGCUGAGUCUGGAGGUGGCACUGACGAUGUCUCCGGGGGCUCUGGAAGUUCUGGAAGCCCCGGAACCACUUCUGGAAGCUCUUCUGGCCCAGGAAACACGGGUAGCCCUGGUGGAAACGGUGGAAACGGUGGAAACGGUGGAAACGGUGGCUCACCCUUUGCCUAG